AACUCCCCUGCCUUAAACCGUUUUCCGAGCAUCCUUUUGAGUUUUCCCCUCUGAUCAUGAGAAUUGAUGAAGAGCAAAACAAGUGCCCAUCAUGCGGCGAAAGAAAGAAAGAUCCCAACAAAGCCAAGAGGAAAGAGCUAGCCGUUUCCUGCAUGCUCAACACAGAGGUCGGUGCCGUCCUCGCCGUCAUCCGGCGGCCGUCCGAUCCCACUUCCCAAUACAUCUCCGCCCAAGAAGACCACUUUGAUUCCACCCUCUUACAAUCCCUGAAAUCACUCCGCGCCCUUAUCUUUAAUCCGCAUCAGGAAUGGCGGAGCAUUGAUCCAUCUAUCUAUCUGUCACCCUUCCUCGAUGUCAUACAGAGCGACGACGUUCCAGCCUCCGCCACUGCUGUUGCCCUAUCCGCCAUUCUCAAGAUUCUUGCCAUGGAAAGCUUUGACGAAAACACCCCUGGAGCAAGAGACGCUAUUAAUUACGCAGUGACAGGAAUCACCAGCUGUAGGUUAGAGAAAACAGACACUGCCUCGGAGGAUGCCGUAAUGAUGAAAAUUUUACAGGUUCUCAGAGGAAUCAUGGUGCACAGCGCCUCGUUUCUGCUCACUAACCACACCGUCUGCACCAUUGUCAACACGUGUUUUCAAGUCGUUCAACAGUGCGCGAACAGAGGCGAUUUGCUUCAACGCAGUGCGAGAUACACAAUGCACGAAUUGAUUCGAAUCGUCUUCACCCGUUUACCAGAUAUUGCCGUUAACGAAGGGGAGAAUUCAGAGUCCGACACCGAUGACGCUGAUGGAGACUCCGGCUACGGCCUGCGCUGCGCGGUUGAUAUUUUCCAUUUCUUGUGUUCCUUGCUCAAUGUUAUGGAAAUUGGGGACUACGACGGUGCCACAUCGUCGACUGCUGAUGAAGAUGUCCAGCUUUUCGCUUUGGUUUUGAUCAACACAGCAAUAGAAUUGAGUGGAGAAGUAAUUGGAAAGCAUCCCAAGCUCUUGAGGAUGAUUCAGGAUGAUCUAUUUCACCACUUGAUCCAUUAUGGAACUUGUUCGAGUCCCCUUGUAUUAUCUAUGAUUUGCAGCACCGUUUUGAAUAUUUAUCAUUUUCUUCGCAGGUUCGUACGUCUUCAACUGGAGGCUUUUUUCUCCUUUGUAUUGUUGAGAAUUGCAGCUUUUGGAGGUUCUUUGCAACUCCAGGAGGUUGCUUUAGAAGGAAUCAUAAAUUUUUUCCGGCAAUCAACGUUCACCAUUGAAGCUUAUGUUAACUAUGAUUGCGAUCCCAUUUUUCGGAAUGUGUUUGAAGAGUUUGGGAAAUUGCUGUGCAAGAAUUCCUUCCCAGAUAAAGAAGAUGAUUCAAGAACUUCCGGUCCAUACCCUGUUGAAAUUACAGAGUACAGACCCUUUUUUGAAGAAAAACCAAAAGAUGACUUCGAAACUUGGGUGGAGUAUAUAAGGGUAAGAAAAGUACAGAAGAAGAAGAUUCUGAUUGCUGGAAAUCAUUUCAACCGAGAUGAGAAAAAGGGAUUGGAGUACCUAAAGCUCAAUAAGUUGGUCUCUGAAUCACCAGAUCCAAGAGUUUAUGCCUUCUUCUUUCGGUACACCCCAGGACUUGACAGGACUUUCAUCGGAGAAUAUCUAGGCGACCCAGAUGAGUUCCACAUUGAUGUUCUCAAAGAAUUCACUGCAACCUUUGAAUUCACUGGCAUGAAUCUUGACUCUGCUCUUCGGUUUUAUUUGGAGACGUUCCGAUUACCCGGAGAGUCUCAAAAGAUCCAGCGAGUCCUAGAAGCAUUUUCGGAGAAAUUCUACGAUCAACAAUCAUCGGAAAUCUUUUCCAGCAAGGAUGCAGUAAUGAUCCUCUGUUAUUCCGUUAUUAUGCUCAACACUGAUCAACACAAUCCUCAAGUCAAGAAAAAGAUGACAGAGGAAGAGUUUUUAAGAAACAACAGAGGCAUCAAUACCGGUCAGGAUCUUCCUAGAGAGUACCUUUCCGAUCUUUUCCAAUCCAUCUCGACCAAUGCCAUCACAAUUUUUGGGCAAUCGGGUUCACAGGUGGAGAUGAAUCCGAGUAGAUGGAUUGAAUUGAUGAAUCGGGGCAAAUUAUUGCAACCUUUUAUUGUCUCAGACUUUGAUCGUCGGUUAGGGAGGGAUAUGUUUGCUUGUGUUGCUGGUCCAUCAGUCGCGGCCCUUUGCGCCUUCUUUGAGCACGCUGAUGAGGACGAAAUGCUCCAUGAAUGCAUUGAAGGGUUGAUUUCCGUAGCUAGAAUUGCUCAAUUUGGGUUGCUAGACAUACUAGAUGAACUCAUUGCUUCGUUUAGCAAAUUUACCACCCUCUUGAAUCCUUACGCUACAGCAGAAGAAACCCUUUUUGCCUUCAGCAAUGAUUUGAAGCCGAGAAUGGCUACCCUUGCUGUUUUCACCAUAGCCAACAAUUUCGGAGAAUCGAUUCGAGGAGGAUGGAGGAACAUUGUGGACUGCAUGCUUAAACUCAAAAGGCUCAAACUUCUUCCACAAUCUGUCAUUGAAUUGAACGUCGCUGCCUCGGCCUCAUCUUCUGACAAUUUGACACAACUCGAAUCAGAAUCUGGCAUCAUUUUCCCCGAUCAUGAUCUCAAGUUCAGCAAGGGGCAGUCUUCUGGCAUAGUCAGUAGGUUCUCUCCUUUUCUGUCGUUGGAGAGUCCAGAAGACUCAAUCUCUCUUGGAAUGAAUGAAUUUGAACAGAAUUUGAAGAUAAUCAAACAGUGCCAGAUCGGAAACAUUUUCAGCAACAGCUACAAUUUGCCAACUGAUGCUCUACUAAAUCUGGGGCGUUCUUUGAUUUUUGCAGCAGCUGGAAAAGGUCAAAAGUUUAGUACCGCAGUUGAAGAAGAAGAAACUGUGGGGUUUUGUUGGGAUUUGAUCAUCUGUAUUUCCUUAGCCAAUAUUAACAAAUUCCAAGCCUUUUGGCCUUCUUUCCAUGAGUAUUUGCUCGGAGUUGCCCAGUUUCCUCUAUUUUCUCCAAUCCCAUUUGCAGAAAAAGCAAUUGUAGGCCUUCUCAAGAUUUGCCAGAAGCUCCUAAGUUCAUACCAAGCAGAUAAACUUCCUGAAGAAAACAUCUUCAAAUCCAUAAAUCUAAUGUGGAAGCUUGACAAAGAAAUUCUAGACACAUGUUCUGAAUUCAUAACAGAGUCUGUAAGCAAGAUCAUCAUAGAAUUUCCAGAAAAUCUUCAAACCCACUUGGGAUGGAAAACAGUUCUUCAUCUGUUGUCUGUCACCGGGCGUCACCAGGAAAACUAUGAUCAGGCAGUGGAAGCUCUAAUCAUGUUGAUAUCCAAUAACACCCAUUUUUCCCGAAUGAACUAUGCCUACUGCAUUGAUUGUGCAUUUGGUUUUGUUGCAUUGAAAAACAGUCCCCUGGAAAAGAACAUGAAGAUACUUGACCUUCUUUCAGAUUCUGUGAAUUCCUUAGUCCAAUGGUAUAAGAAUGCUUGUUCUGAGCCUGGAAGCAAUUAUAGUGUCACAAGCAGUGUGAAUACUUCCUCCAUGGAGGACAACAAAGGUUCAGGAUCUCUAAAUUUUGCCAUGAAUUUGUUCAUCAAACUAGGUGAAGCACUCCGAAAAUCUAGCCUGGCACGCAGAGAAGAGAUAAGAAACCAUGCAGUUUUAUCCCUUAGAAAAUGCUUUACAUUAGCCGAAGAACUUGAUUUUUCAUCUACUAACUGCAUCAAUGUCUUUAACCUCGUGGUUUUUGCAAUGGUUGAUGAUUUGCAUGAGAAGAUGGUUGAGUACUCAAGACGAGACAACGCAGAGAGGGAGAUGAGAAGUAUGGAGGGAACUUUGAAGAUUGCAAUGGAGUUACUGGCAGAUGUGUACUUGCAGUACUUGAAGCAAAUUGCAGAAAAUCCAGGGUUUCGGACAUUCUGGUUAGGAGUGUUGAGGAGGAUGGAUACUUGCAUGAAGGCUGAUUUGGGGCAAUAUGGAGAGACGAAGUUACAACAAGUUGUCCCAGAAUUGUUGAAGAAGAUGAUCAUGAAAAUGAAGGAGAAGGAAAUUUUAGUACAGAAAGAAGGGGAUGAUCUGUGGGAAACAACUUAUAUUCAAAUACAAUGGAUUGCUCCUUCACUGAAGGAAGAACUUUUCCCUGAUGAUUUUUGAACAAAAUGGAGAAUCAGUAGCAAAAAUGUAUUUGAGGAGUUUUUUUUUGUCUUCUCUUUCCUCUGCUCUUCAACUUCCUUUCCUCCCUUCAUUUUUUUGGGGUUGAACUAUUGUACUUCUUGGAUGCAAAAGUAGAAAUUGGGUUAUACCUAAAUUUUCUUUUGAAAAAUAGAACUUCUAACUUUUA